GAUCUCGGUUAGUUUCCAUGGAGAUCCCGCAGCACUCCAUUCGCCGCCGGACAAAACCGGAUGUUUGUGACUUGAACACAGCUGUCAAAAGAGAGCCAAGCUAUAAGCGAACCAGCAGCGAUCCUCAGUUCGUUUUCCUUGAUUAAAAGGAACCACACUGCCCCCCCUUUCCCAAGACCAGACCAUCUCCCUUUGUAGCCUUUCACGUGUGGAGCCCCCAGCCCUAGCAUGUCUUCCGACCUUCUGGUUGACCUCAGCGAUGACCUUGGGGCAGACGACCCCUCCAGCAAUGCACUGGAUCACCUCAAAUUGUCCCCCAUGGAGGACAAGCAGUGGCCCCCAGACCUUUCCACCAUGAGCAAGUCUGGUAGGACAGAGGAGACAGAUAUCACACGGCAGUUGGGGGAGGGGUCUCACCUGAGCUGGGAUCACCCCUACUAUGAUAUCGCCAGGCACCAGAUAGUGGAGGUCGCAGGUGACGAUAACUUUGGCAGGAAGGUGAUUGUGUUCAACGCCUGCAGGAUGCCCCCCCACCAUGAGCUGGACCACCACAAGCUGCUGAUGUACCUGAAGGCCACGCUGGACCAGUAUGUGGAGAGUGACUACACCCUCAUCUACUUCCACCAUGGACUGACCAGCGAGAACAAGCCCUCCCUCAGCUGGAUAAGAGACGCUUACCGCGAGUUUGACAGGAAGUACAAGAAGAACAUCAAGGCCUUGUACAUUGUCCACCCCACCAUGUUCAUCAAGACGCUCCUCAUCCUGUUCAAGCCCCUCAUCAGCUUCAAGUUUGGCCGCAAGAUCAACUACAUCAACUACCUGAGCGAGCUAGAGGACAUCCUCAAGUGUGAGCAGCUCGUCAUCCCUGCCCGCGUGCGAGACUAUGACAACAAGCUGCGAGCCUCUCUGAAGCCAUCGGCCCAGGUGCCCAUGUCGCCCCCUCGCAGCCCCCCCCUGCCCAACCAGCAGUUCGGAGUGCCUUUGGCAAUUUUGAGACAGAGGCGUUCGGACGAGGACCCUAUUCCUGUGGUGAUGAGAGACACCGUCUCCUUCCUGACAGAGCAGGGUCUGGAGAUCGAGGGCAUCUUCCGGCGCUCGGCCAACGUCACCCUGGUGAAGGAGGUGCAGCUCCGGUACAACUCAGGUGAGGAGAUGAGCUUCUCCCAGAUGGAGGACGUCCACCUGGCUGCUGUGAUCCUGAAGACCUUCCUGAGAGAGCUGCCAGAGCCCCUGCUCACCUACCAGCUCUACAACGACAUAGUCAACUUCCACAACAUGGACAGCUCUACCCAGGUGUCGGCCAUGCGCAGCAUGCUGGAGAACCUACCAGAGGAGAACUAUGAGUCUCUCAAGUUUCUCAUCCAGUUCCUGGCUCUGGUGUCUGCACAGAGUGAGGUGAACAAGAUGACCAACUCUAACCUGGCGGUGGUGUUUGGGCCCAACCUGUUGUGGGGGCAGGAUGCCGCCAUGACACUUAGCGCCAUCGGACCCAUCAACAACUUCACCAAAAACCUGCUGGACCAGCAACACCUGGUCUUCUCUGCCUGAGGAGAGGGAUCAGUACUGUACCUGCCCAUGCCCCUGGCCUAGCCCCUGGCCUUCUCCCCCUCCCUGCCCUUGGCCCUUCCUUCAACCCUUACCCACCCCUUUAGGCAGCUGUCCCUUAGUGACCAUGCCCCCCUUCCCCCCAGCCCUCUGUUUGAUGUUGUCCCCUGACCCCGUCUGUCUGAGAGUUGGUCCGCUCAUGUGACUCCUAUGUGUUACUCCUCCCCCUCUCCCAGUAAUGUUGCCAAAUGCAUGAGUGUAGCUGUAACAUAAACUGAGGACCAGAGGAGAGAUAGAAAAGAGAGAAGGAAAACAAAUUCCCAGGGGAGAUUGACUACCUUAGAUUGCGUGUCAGCGUCAGGUUUGAGGGCUUUAAGGUCUCCCCUGUUGUAAACUCAGGAAGUUUAACCGUAUAAUUCAGCCGUGAACAGGAGUCUCCAGGUACAAAACCAUGAGGACAAUCUAUUCUCCUAAAGAUUCAUGCCUCUUCAGAGGUCUAUUAACGGUACUGGAUGACAACUGAUGUUCUCUGUGAUGCUGUCUGGAUCACUUCUAUAUCAAAUCAACCAUGAGUUCAAGUGUAGAUGCCAUUAGUAUAGACGUCAUGGCGUAUCAAUAUCGCUGAUCAUGUUGUGUUUGCCUGAGCGUGUUUCCUGAACCAGUGGUUUAUGAGCAGUUGGAGAACAGUUUGAUUCCUGUUGUAAACACACUUAUCAUCCCUAGUGGGAGAAGGCUUUUAGUCACAGCUUGUUUGAUAAUCACAAAUCUGGAUGGAGCUACAGAGACCUGUUAAAGCACUAAAAUAACAAUGAUACAUUUGAGUAUAAGAGUGUUUGUAUUCUAAAGGAUAUGGCUUUUCCUGUGUUUAUACAUUUAUAACCCGUCGCCUUACUUUCUAAAUGUUUACUCAUGAUCAAGCAGGACCGUGUCCCUUUAAGGCCUUUGGCAGUCUCCUGAUAGCAGGCCUCUGCUGUGAGGAGCUCCUCGCUCUGUCCUCAUUGUUCACUCUGUCCUAGCUGGAGCAUGCUCCUAACUCUGUCAUAUAGCUGGAGCAUGCUCCUAACUCUGUCAUAUAGCUGGAGCAUGCUCCUAACUCUGUCAUAUAGCUGGAGCAUGCUCCUAACUCUGUCAUAUAGCUGGAGCAUGCUCCUAACUCUGUCCUAGCUGGAGCAUGCUCCUAA